AUGGUUGGAAAAGAUACACGGGUUGUCUCCGUCCACCGCCUGAACCAGGGACCGGGAGAACGGUCUUUGGCUGAGUGGUGGGCAGACGAACGCAAGAACCAAACGCCGGAAUUCCACGCUCUUGAAGAAGCAGCUCAGCUCCUUCGCUCUAGUGAUAUCCCGGUUGCAUUCCCAACGGAGACAGUCUAUGGCCUUGGUGCAGAUGCAACUCGUAGCGCUGCUGUUCAGGGGAUCUACCGCGCGAAGCAACGACCUUCUGAUAACCCGUUGAUCGUUCAUGUUGAUUCUCUGUCCAUGCUGAAUCGGCUUCUGAACCCAGAAAACCCAGUCAGCCCUAGCGCAACCAAGACACGGCGCGUCUCUAUCCCCACGAUCUACAACUCACUCAUCGAUCGUUUCUGGCCUGGCCCAUUGACGAUCAUUCUCCCUAAUCCUUCUGGUUCUGAGCUGGCUCCAGAGGUAACCUCGAACUUGACGACCUUUGGCGUGCGUAUGCCAGCUUCGCCUUUGGCACGUCUGCUUAUCCACGCGACGGGGCGUCCGCUCGCCGCGCCUUCGGCCAAUGCCUCGACUAAGCCUUCUCCCACCACUGCGCAGCAUGUUUAUCAUGAUCUGCAUGGCCGUAUUGAGCUCGUACUUGAUGGAGGCCCGUCCGGUGUUGGUGUGGAGAGUACCGUUGUAGAUGGACUAUGUGGCACACCAGCUAUUCUACGCCCCGGCGGCAUCGGCAUUGAAGAGCUGCGCGAGUGUGCAGGUUGGGAGAAUGUCACAUUAGCCUAUAACGAUGGGACUUUGGACGUGAAGGAGAUCCCCCGCGCCCCCGGCAUGAAGUACCGCCAUUACUCCCCGAAAGCCCGCGUCGUUCUCUUCGAAGCGGGGUCAAACCCGGCCGGUGUGACUCGUCACGUACAGAACGAUCUGCACGACACUGCCAUCCACGCGCACAACAUUGGCAUUCCCGUUGACGCCGCCAUUGAGAACCUGCUUAGCUUCACUCUGCCAGUGCAGGAGACUGGGAGCCCGAACAGGCGUACCAAGCUAGCCUACGAUUACCAUCUCGGCUCCGACACAGCCUCUAUUGCACACGGACUCUUUGCUGCGCUGCGCGCGCUAGAUGAAUGCGACGUCGACGUGAUCUACGUGGAGGGGAUAUCUGACCAGGACGGCGACUUGGCAGCGGCCGUAAUGAACCGCUUACGGAAAGCGGCCGGAAUAGAGAUGAAGGCUUAG